CUCCAAAAUGGCCACCGCACUGAUCUUUGUAGGCCCAAACAGGCCUGAAAAUUAGCCCGAGACAGGCUGCAGCAGUGAUCUAAGAGGCUGGUGGGGGGGAGGGGAAACCCUUGCAGAAACCCCAGAAGAAACCACCCCCAUGGCCCUUAGGAAGCCCCCCGAAGGGACUACAGGGCUGCCUGCCUGCAGUGGAGCUGAGCCGAGCCGAGCCAAGCCGGGGAAGGCCCUCUGCACACGCUGGAAAGUCAGAACGACUCCCCGACGCCAAGAAGUUUAGAGCGCGCGGCGGCGGAUCCGCCUCCUGGACCGGGAGCGGACCACGAUGUUGUAUGUAUGUUACCUGACUUCAAGGCCAUGGCACAAUCAAUGAAUGGGUGUUUCAAAAGUAGGUUGGCCGCACUUGAGGGGGGGCUAAGCCCUGCCGGACCGGGCCCUGCUACACCAGCGUUACCGCCUCCUGCAUCUGAGGUCCCAGCGCUGGAGCAGCCUUCACCAUUGCUACCUCCGCCUGCAGCACCGGCUGGCCAGCUGCCAACGGAUCCGGCUAUUCCUUUGCCCCCGGGUGAGCCAGUUGCACCUACACCACCUGGCGGCACCGGCCAGUGGCCUUCCUUUCCCUGGCCGAUGCCUGCCAUGGGUGGAUGGGGCCCAGCUUCCUACUGGCCCCCAUAUACACAAUCUUGGGGUGUGGGUUCCCCGCUGGUUUUUCCCAGGGUUAUGUCAGGCUUACAAGGUGCUGCGGAGCAGGUUUGGUCAGGUAAUUGGCCUCCCGGUGGGUCGCUCCCGCCCCCAGGGGUGGCUCCUGCUUCAGUUACCACUAUGGGGUCCCAACCAGGUUUUUACCCAAUGGGUAUUGUGCCGUCUCCACAACAUGCGCCCUAUGGGGGUAUGGGGCUCCCGCUAGGCGAUCACUUGCUCCCUUCUACGAAGGAAAAAAUUCUGAAGGGGGAAUAUGUAGACAUAUUUAGUUUAUUGUUUAGGGAACCCGAGGUUAAGCACAAGGAGGGGGAAUCCUGUAAGGAGCAUGAAGCCACCAAGAGGAAACCAGUUGAGAAAACUUGGAACAACUGGCUUUCCGGCUUCACGAUUUAUAUGGGGGUUAUUGUUCAGGCCCAACCUGCAAGGGGUCCUGCCCUUCUUAAAUACAUGGACAUUAUUCACAGGGCGGUCUCCGACUUUUCCGGAUCUUCCUGGGUGCGAUAUGAUGAGAGUUUUAGAAUGCGGGCAGCUUUGGAUCCCACCUUACCCUGGGAUGCUCCUUUGCAGGAGCUAUGGCUGGUUACUAUGUCUCCAGCCCGGCCGAUAGAGGGAGACAGGUCGGACAGUGGGCAUUUGCUUUCUAAACCGUCCGGGGUUCCACCUGCGGGGGGUACGGGGCAACAGUGGGUUCAACCCCACCUUGUUUGCUGGGAAUUCAACACCAAUGGCAGGUGCUCCCGUUCCCCCUGUCGGUUUAAACAUGCCUGUGGUGUCUGCGGGGCACGUCACCCAAGUUCCUCCUGUCCUAGGGCCAAGUUCGGGGGCUCCGGGGGUAAGUUUAGACAAGGGAACAACAAAAAGGGUGCCCCUCCCCCACCCCCUUCGAAUAAAGGGUCCUAGCCCUGUCAGGUUAAGGGUGCUGCAACGGUUGUUGUUGGAUUAUCCAGACCGUUCAGCGGCUUUGUAUUUGUUGAGUGGCUUCCGGGAUGGGUUUUGGAUUCCCUCUUCGGCGCGUAGGGGUUUAAGUAAUUCCCGCAACCUAAGAUCGGUGGUGGGCAAGGAGGAGAUUGUACUUAGGAAGAUUAGAAAGGAAGUGGCCACGGGCCGGGUGAUGGGGCCUUUUGCUAGCCCCCCCUUCCCGGGCCUUAGGGUUUCGCCAUUAGGGGUGGUUCCUAAAAAGGUCCCUGGUGAAUUCAGGUUGAUUCAUCAUCUUUCCCAUCCCAGGGGGUCAUCGGUAAAUGAUGGCAUCCCUGAUAGCCUAUGUUCUGUACGUUACACCUCAUUUGACGAGGCCGUACAGGUGGUUAGGAGCAGGGGCCCAGGGGCCCUCUUAGCGAAAUGCGAUAUUGAGUCCGCUUUUCGCCUGUUGCCAGUGCAUCCGGAUGACUUCGAGUUGCUGGGUUUUACUUUUGCAGGUAAUUUUUAUUUUGAUCGGGCUUUGCCUAUGGGCUGCUCGAUUUCCUGCGCGGCAUUUGAAGCAUUUAGCUCCUUCUUGGAAUGGGCAGUCGGGCCUCUCCUACACGGCUCAUUAUUUAGACGAUUUUCUUUUUGUAGGCAGAGGGAAUUCUGGGGAGUGUCACCAUUUACUGCGCUCCUUCAUGGAGCUGACGGACCAGCUGGGUGUGCCCUUAGCACAGGACAAGACGGAAGGGCCGGUCACAUGCCUUUCCUUUUUAGGAAUUGAGCUGGACACCAUUGCUGGUUGCUCCAGGCUGCCUCAGGCCAAGCUGUUUGUCCUCUUGGACAUGGUUCGGUCCCUGGGUCGAGCCCGUAAGGUCUCCCUGAGGGAGCUGCAAGUGGUUUUAGGUCACCUCAACUUUGCUUGCAAGGUGGUGGCUCCGGGCCGGGCCUUUUUGCGCCGGCUGUGUGACUUGACGGUGGGUGUUCGGGCUCCCCAUCAUAGAGUGCGGAUUACGGAGGGCGUUCGUGCUGACCUUGCCCUCUGGGAAGCAUUUCUUACUGACUUCAAUGGGGUCGCGUUUUGGCGACAGGAUAGACUACUUGAAACCGACCUACAGGUCCACUCUGAUGCGGCAGGUGGAAUUGGGUUCGGGGUUUGUUUUAGGGGACGUUGGUGUUCCGCUAGGUGGCCUAUGGAAUGGGUUAGGCGUGGGAUUGCUCGUGAUUUGACCUUUUUAGAACUUUUCCCAAUUGUGGUGGCCGUGCAUAUUUGGUCAGCUGAGUUUGCCAAUUCUUCAGUUUUGUUCUGGUGUGACAACCUGGCGGUGGUCCAGAUUGUCAAUACCCAGACCUCCCAGUCACCGAGGGUCAUGGGCUUAGUUAGGGCUUUGGUUUUACAGUGUCUGCGGGCUAACAUCCUUUUUCGCUCCCGCCAUGUCCCGGGUAUACGGAACGACAUAGCUGACGCUCUGUCUCGUUUUCAGUUAAACAGGUUCAGAGAGUUAGCACCCGAGGCUGCCCUACUCCCGGAACCCAUGCCGGCCUUUCUUUGGGAACUUGGCGGGCGGAAGCACAGCAGGCCAUAGCGGCAUCUCUGGCGCCUAGCACCAGAGCGAGCUACGCAGCCAAGCUGGAGGCUUUCUCACUUUUUCGGGAGUCUGAAGGUUUGGUGGAUGUUUGGCCUGUCCCUGUAGAACACAUCCAGCAGUUUCUGGUUUUCCUUCAUAGGGCGGGGCGUGCGGUGUCCACCCUGGGGGGCUAUUUAGCCGCGCUAGCCUUUGAAGCCCAGGUUCGGGGGGUUGGUGACUCAUCCGCCGACCCUCGGGUGCGGCGUAUGUUAGAGGGUUGGACCAGGGCGGAACCCAGGCCCAGGGAUUCCAGGCGCCCUUUUACUUUGGAUCUGGUGGCUCCCACAUUGGACCGCCUGGUGGGGUGCUGCUCGGGGCCAUGGGAGGUGUCGUUGUUUAGGGCUGCGGUCUUAGUUGCCUUCUUUGGGGCCUUUCGCCCAAGCGAGCUGCUCCCUCGCAGUGGGUCCUCCCCCCGGGACCGCUGCUUGCAAUAUUCCGAUUUAACAUUCGGUGAAGGGGAAGCCCGCUUGUUCCUUCGUCGCUCUAAGACGGAUCAGAGGGGCAGGGGCCAGACAGUUCGCCUUGUAGCGGCCAGGGAGGUGAGUGUGUGCCCCGUAGCGGCCUUGAGGCAUUACGUUGGAUUAGCCCCUUUUGCAGGGAGCUGUCUUUUUAGUCAUAGUGAUCAGACUCCUCUUACGCAGUAUCAGUUUCUGGCGGUUUUGAGGAGGGCUCUGAGGGCUGCGGGGGUUCCCCUCCAGGGAUUGACGUUGCAUUCAUUUCGUAUCGGUGCAGCCACCACCGCUACGAAUAUUGGGCUGCAUGAGUCUGCCGUCCAGAGGAUUGGAAGAUGGAGGUCCGUGGCGGUCAGGCGUUACGUGCGCUGACAGCGGGCGGUUGUUUUAUGUACUGUUGACUUGUUAUAUUUUUCUUGACAGGUGCUGGUGGGGCGGCGGUCCCGGUCCGAGUCCUGAUGUGUGGCCAUUCCUUGGUCUUUUGGGCUUUCAAGCGGGCCAGCACCUCCCGCUGGGGAUCCCAGCUGGGUUUUGGACGCAAAGCUUCAAUUUACUGGUUGGGCAUGAGGGGCAUGCUCUGGAAUCAGUUGCUUCCAGCGUUAAGGGAUCAUUUAGACAGGUUUCCUUCUCCUGACAUUCUUGUUCUUCAUCUUGGGGAGAAUGAUCUGGGCCGGCGGCCUGGUCUCGCCAUCUUUCAGCAAGCCUCAUCGGAUUUGGCUAUUUUGCGCAGGUGGAUGCCUGGUGUAUACGUGAUUUGGAUUAAUUGGCUCCAACGCAGAGUUUGGCGUGGUGCUCGCUCUGGUCUUAGUCUAGAGCGGGCACGCAGAAAAAUUUCAGCUGCAAUAGGCAGACUGGUGAUGGCAGCCGGGGGGUCGGUGGUUCGGCAGCCGGAUUUGGCUGCUCGCUUCCCCGAGCUCUUUCGCCCUGACGGGGUGCAUCUUUCCGAAAACGGUUGUGAUUUAUAUUUACACAAUAUCCGUGAGGCUCUUGCUGAAAGUUUAGGCAAAUAUGGGGCAGGAAGGUCAAGCGAUGGCUAACCUUCCUGGGUGGCAGGAACAGUGCGGGCUGUGGGGUAAGGAGGUAUAGAUUUAGGUGAGCACCCUUGGGCAUUUUUUAGGUGGAUUGGUCAAUCGCUUCCUUGUGGCCUGUGCGGCACGGGAAGACUUUGAUUGCCAAGAAACCUGCUUCAGGGCUUCACCAACCUUUGGGCUGUGCGGUCCGGGGCGGUCAAGAUCCGAAGCUGUUCAGAUCCCCUCUUUAAAAGGGGGGGUUGGCUUUGAAGGAAUUGGGCAGGAGCUGCCUGCCUCUUUCCUGAGCCAGGGUGUGUCGCCCUUGCGGGCAAUGGGUAGGACGUUUUGAAUCCUAGCCCAUGCCUAGGUGCCCGCACUGUUUAAGUUGGUGAUUAAUCACCUUGUUUCAGGCCGCCAUGCCUGUUGUUGUUAAAUAUUAAUAAAGCGUGGCCCGUUUCUCCCAUUAAAAAAUGUCUCUGUGUCUUCUUGGGCCGGGGUCUGGGUACAAUCCCCCUCCCCUUGCCUCGUGCAGGUGGGAGGGUGCUUGUCCCAGCCCGGGUCACGAGGCCCAAGGAGCAGCCUUCAUUGGCUGGCUGGCCCGUGGUGGGCGGGGCUCCGUGAGAGGCUGAGCGUUUCUUCGCUUCAGCCUCUCAGUCGCUUUCUGGCUUCCCCCUCCCUCCCUCCCUGAUGCAGAGCAGGUCUAGCGACUGGUCGCCUUUGGGGCCGAGUAGGAAUUUUUUGCUCUCAACUUAUUGGCUGUGGUUGGGAGUUUUUUCGCCUACUCCGUUCUGUAGUCAGUUGACAGUUAGGUUUUAGGUUGGCCACGUUGGCAGGAACAGUGCGGGCUGUGGGGUAAGGAGGUAUAGAUUUAGGUGAGCACCCUUGGGCAUUUUUUAGGUGGAUUGGUCAAUCGCUUCCUUGUGGCCUGUGCGGCACGGGAAGACUUUGAUUGCCAAGAAACCUGCUUCAGGGCUUCACCAACCUUUGGGCUGUGCGGUCCGGGGCGGUCAAGAUCCGAAGCUGUUCAGAUCCCCUCUUUAAAAGGGGGGGUUGGCUUUGAAGGAAUUGGGCAGGAGCUGCCUGCCUCUUUCCUGAGCCAGGGUGUGUCGCCCUUGCGGGCAAUGGGUAGGACGUUUUGAAUCCUAGCCCAUGCCUAGGUGCCCGCACUGUUUAAGUUGGUGAUUAAUCACCUUGUUUCAGGCCGCCAUGCCUGUUGUUGUUAAAUAUUAAUAAAGCGUGGCCCGUUUCUCCCAUUAAAAAAUGUCUCUGUGUCUUC